UUGUGCAUAUCUGUAGCUUCAAAUGAUGUGUUACAAGCAUGUAAUGUUACCAGAUGUGCUCAUGCUAAAUAGCCCAAAAUGGCAAAUAAAAAUUGAGCAUGUGCGAGAGGUAUUUUACUACUACAUUGAACUCGUGGAGGCAUCUUGGACCUGGCGAAUCUCUAUGCUUUGUGAUCUCAUUAAGGAGGCAUCUCAGGCCAUGGAUUCAUGGCGACUGAAGCUGCCCUCUACGGCCUUUUGGGUGUUGCGCUCCUUCACGAGCUCGGUGAGGAUUGAGAUGAAUCAAAAUGUCCGAAAGUCACUCGGGGCACCCAAAUCAUUUUGGGGCAUUCCAAUUCAUCUGAGUCAUAUAAAUGAGGUGCGGAAGUAACUUGGAC